AUGGUGGAUCGAGAAUGGGCAAAACCAGCAUCUCUUCUUGAUGUGUUCCUUGAGAGUUUUCGGAUUGGAGAAAGAACCAAACACUUGCUAAAUCAUUUGAUUGUUGUGGCUCUAGAUAAUCAAUCAUUUCGAUAUUGUCGUCGUUCCCAUCCUCGUUGUUAUCUUCAUAGAAGUUCUGGAAACAAAAUUGGAUAUCUAAACCCAGACGGUCUUAUAGCCAGUUGGAAUAAAAAGGCUUUGGUGAAAGAGAUUCUAGAACUCGGCUACAACAUGAUAUUUACUGAAGCUGAUGUGAUAUGGCUAAGGAACCCUCUAAUGCACUGCCAUCCACAUAAUUCAGUCUCAGUGGCUUGCGGGUUCUCAUCAAGUGAUCAACAACAAGUAACAGCUGAAAACACAGGAGGUUUCUUCUAUGCCAAGUCCAAUGACGUAACCAUAGAUAUGUUCAAGAUCUUGAACUUAGAGAGAGUUUUGUAUCCUUCAACUGGAAACCAAUCCUUCUGCGACAUUGUCAAGCGGGAAGAUGUAAUUCGUGGGCUUAACUUGAAAGUAACGUACUUGGAUGAUGAUAAUUUUAUGAGGUUUUGUCAACCAAAUAGGCAAAACCAAAGCAAGAUAACUACAAUUCAUGCAAGUUGUUAUGAUGAUACAAAGAGUAAGGUGCAGUACCUAAAGUUACGUCUCCAAGACCAGAAAAAUAUGACUCCACCAUGGAGAAUUCAGAGACAACGAAGAUAA